AUGGCCGGAGUCGUCGGCCUCCGCCCGCCGCCGGUGUCGCCCCCGUCGGUGGCGGGAAGGAGUCUCCGCCGCCACCUCUCCGUCAGAGCUUCAUCGGGUUUACCUCCCUCGUUUUCUUCUUCUUCCACUUCGGUCUCUGGGGUCGGCACGGAGGAAAAGCCGAGUCUCUCGCCGCCGCCCGGAUUCAAGGCCCCGAAGCCCAAGAGGUUCGCCGUCAGGCCCGACAAGCUGCUCGAUGUGCUGGGAGCUUCUCUGGCCCUCCCAUUCCGUCUCGGCACCGGAGUUUUUGUUUCAGGGUUUGUCUGCUGCCCCUACCCUCUCUCUCUUUCUCUCUGUAUCUUUCUGUCAUGGUCCGGGUGCACGUUUGGCGGCUUCAUAUCAGAGUUUCAACCCUAAAUUUGGGAAAUUGCCAUUGGGGAGAGCGAGAGACGGGCUUCUAAGACUCGACGCUGCCCCAUUGAUCACGCAGCUCUACCUCGCUUGAGAACUGCAGGGGUCCCUAAUCUCUGGUUUUUCCCCACCUCGACAGGUACUCGGCGUCCUUGGUGUCGGAAGCAGACAUUCCUUCUGACCAGUACGCCCUCAGAAUAGCAGGUUCAGUGUCUCGAAUGCUUAUAGCUUUUAAUAUAUCUCAAACAUGCGUCGGCCCGCAUUAUUUCCUUGGACGUGAGAUCGAUGAUUCCUUUUAGUUUGUCCAUUCUCUGCUGGGUAAAUUUGAUAUUAUUCUCUAUGGUGAGGGGAUGAUAAGUAGAUGUCUGAGGUUGAAGAAAUCAUGAGUGACGGGUCUUCUUCACCAGGCCUCACAGUGAAGGAAACCUCAAAGCUGGGCCCUCGGCCGGAGAAGCCUAUCGAGAUUUACGAAUUCGAAGGGUACGCUCUUCACGAAAUGCUCUUAGAACGCGCACUUGUAUGGGCUUUCUGGUCAUAUCUCUAAGGGCUGACUCUCGGACUCCUUUGACUUUUUGUUCCUUGGGGGCCACAUGGGCUGUCAUCGAUCGCAUGGAAUUCAGCUGCCCAUUCUGCCGCAAGGUCAGUAGUGUUCAUGUUUUCUGAAGGUCCUGGUUUCAGUUUGGAAAUUCCGAGGUGUUUGUACUGAAAGCAUGGAUUUCUAGAUUGGGCAUGGGAAUGCAUUGAUGUUAUCAUGUAUAAUGGCCGAUUAUCCCUCUAUUUAUUUCGUCACUCAGAGAGUUGGGAUCUGAUCAUGUGUUCUUUACUCAUCUCUUGUGUUCGACAAUUCCCUUCAAUGGUGCACAGGUCAGGGAAAUUGUGAGCAUACUGGACCUGGAUGUCUUGUACUAUCCCUGCCCAAGAAAUAGUCCUCAGUUCCGCCUCAAGGUUCUACAAAUAGGUGGAAAGCAGCAAUUUCCGUACAUGGUAAGCUUUUCGAAUCAUUAUCUUGAUCUUUGUUUUGAAAUCUGAGGCGGUCAAUCGUUCGUCAACCAUGCAUUUUAUGAGAAUUUGGAUUAUCCGCAACUUUUCAAUUGUACAUCUCAUAGUGAAUGAUCACAAAUUGCUAUUCUUUGACGAAAAAACUUGCUUAUUUUUUUCCCGGUGUAUAAUUGUCGAGUAAAUUUGAUGAUAUGAAAUGAGAUUUAUGCAAAUGGAAAAACCUUUUUCCUAAUAAUAUAUAGUUAUUUAUAAUUGCUCCUACUGUGGAUCAAACUGAAUUAUCAAAAAAAUUCUCAUAUCUCCUGAGUGGCUUCACUUAUAAACUGCCAUUGUUUGCAGGUGGAUCCAAACACAGGCGUGUCAAUGUACGAAUCUGAUGAAAUUAUCAAGUACUUGGUUCAGAAAUAUGGUAAUUUUUUCUCAGCAUAUUUGCUAUUUUCCUGUUGGCUUUAACGAUAGUCAUUGUUUCUUGCAACAUGCGAUGCAAUUUUCCAUUUUUGAUGUAUGGAUUGUUAAACCCUGACUUAAAUUCAUGUGGAUCUUCAGGUGAUGGGACUGUCCCUUUAAUGCUCUCUCUUGGCCUGCUAACUGUAAGCUUUCACAAUCCCUCCUGAGCUUUUCCUCCAUUACACAACUCUAAGGGGAUCAUGCAGCAUGCUGUUUCGUUGUUCCAUUUCAGACUCUUACUAAGGGCUUUGCAAUGGUUGGCCGCUUGGGCAAGGCAAGGAGCUCUUCUCUCCACCCUAUCUCUUUGCUGUAUAGCUUGUGCUUUCCUAGCUGGUUCGGGCGUUUCAUGUUGGUCUACUAGUAGUCAACCCUCUUCUGAUGUCUGCAAUGAAUAGUCCCUCAUGGUUUAUUGUAGAAAUAAGCUUGUGACUAUGAAUGAGUGAAUGACUGCUCUCAGCCUGAAAGAAGGCACACCUGGUAAACCCUAAAAGUGGGCAUGCCACAAAUAGUCCUCCCAUGUUGCUUACUUUAGAAGUAAAUCGUCAAUUGAGUUUGAGUCAGAUGGGGUGGUUUUCGUCAACAGUGGAAAAAAGUAAUACCUUUUGCAUGGUUUUACAGGGAUCUGCUUACACUCCCGCCAAAGCCCCUCUGGAACCUAUUGAACUCUGGGCUUAUGAGGUCAGUUCUCCUUGGGAAAGCUUCAUUUCCUGUGAUCCCUCUCGUCGUUUCUUCUCAUCUGUUAAUCUCGUGAAGAAAAAACAAGAAAAAAAAGCAAGGAAGAGAAGAUCCAAUUCUACUUUGCCGUUUCCACUGAUCCAUGCUAUCUUGUCUUCCCAGGGCUCUCCUUUCUGCAAGAUUGUGCGCGAGGUCCUCGUCGAGUUGGAACUGCCGCAUCUAUUUCACAGGUACCCUCUGGUUAUGCUCUUGGCAAUGAUGAACUUCGCGCCUCUUGCGGUCAUGAUGGGCUAGAAUUAUUAGUUUACCUGGUUCUUUUAGAUUCUUGCGAUCAUCUCCAAUAGAUCUUACUAAAAGAAAAUAUUAACUUCGGCCUAAUGAGACUGAUACCCAAGUUAUUCCGGUCCCCAGACGCUGGCUUCAGCCUGGCAGAGAACCAGUGGCCCUGCUGGCCAAACUUUAUUUUCCCACACUGAGUGGUGCAAGUCUCUAUAUUUAAGCCAUGGCUUGACCCCUCUCAUCCAAUCUUAAGACCCACCCCUCUGCAAUGAGGAUCCUCCGUUUGGAUUAAGUGAUGGGAUUCACCUUCGAUAAAAUGACGAUAAAAGGUUUAUUUUAUCGUGAGAAUUUACGGCGACCAAGAACUGGGAAAGAUAGGAUGAGUAUUCUGGAUGAAUGCUUCCUAGAAUUUCUGCGAUCAUCUCUCUCUCGAAUGGGCGCGCUGACUGAAGCGGUUUGAUUGCAGCACCGCCCGCGGGAGCCCCAAGAGGCAGGAGCUGUUCGAGAGGCUCGGGCAUUUCCAGGUGACCCCCUCGAGCCGGGAUCCUUGAAAGCGUAUUUCCACACCGGUGGCCAUUUAUGGGAUUCCUGUUUUCUGAUGGGCGUUGACGAUCAGGUUCCCUACAUUGAAGACCCCAACACGGGCGUGAAGAUGUUCGAGAGCGCAGAGAUCGUUGACUACCUGACAGCAACCUACGUUAUUCCGUAG